AUGUAUGUAUCAACAAAGCCGACAUUUUCAAUUCGUCCAACAAAAACAUCUUUAGCUCGUCAAUCACUUAGCUCAAAAAUGCGUUGUUCAAUUGUUCCGGCACAACCAGUCAAUAGUCGUCGAUCCUUGAGUCAAGUAUCGAAUACAUACAGUGAACUAAAUACGAAUAAUGAUCAAGUUCAAAAUAAUGUCUUUAAAAGACAAGAACAACAAUACCGAAAAACUACCGGCGUUACAAAAAAUGUGAUAUUUAAACGUCGUUCUGUUAAAAAACUGGCCGUUAUUCUAUCUGAAUCAUCGAUGAACAAUUCAACAGAAGCUGAAACAUUAAAACAAGUUAUUGUGUCAUCAUUAACAGAAAACGUUAAAAAACUAGAAAUAGCCGUCAAAGAUCAAGAAAAUAAACCACCAAUCGAAGAAAAAUAUAAGAAAAAACAAUCAUUAUUUACUUCAUCAUCAGCUCGUUCGACAACACUUCCUCGUCUGCUUUGUGCAGGCGCGUCAGACCCACAGUCUAGAAGAAUUUCUUCUCCUAUAUUGCGACCAGUACCAUUACCGAUGAAUAAACAAUUAGAAAUACUUGCCAUUGAACCACCAUCUGAUAGUAAAGAAAAGGAUGAAUUAGAUGAAGACGAACAAGUGGUCUACGGUGAAAUAUAUGUAAUGAAUUAUAUUCGUGAUAUUAUGAAUUUAUUAUAUGCGCUCGAAUUAUAUUAUCCAAUCAGUAACGCCUAUUUACGAACAUCAACAGAAGCAAAAACAUGGAAAAUAACAUUUAAACAUCGAACAACAUUAGUCGAAUGGUUAAUACAAUCGUUUUACUGUCGUUUUCGUCUGUCCCAAGAUUCAUUACAUGUAUGUAUUCAAUUGUUGGAUCGUUUUCUUCAACAUUGCUCAUUGUUGCCAUCUACUUCACAACAAACAGAUUUGCAAUUAAUAGGUGUUGCUACAUUGUUAUUAGCAACAAAAUUAGAAGAAACACAACAUCCAGCAAUUGACGAUUUGAUCUUCUUAACAGAUAAUGCAUAUAAACCAACUGAUUUGAAACAGAUGGAAAGAAAAAUUUUACAAGAUUUACAAUUUGAGUUAAAUCGACCAACAAGUUUACAAUUUUUACGUCGAUAUUCAUUUUUAUCAUCAGCAGCAGAUGAGCAACAUUCAAUUGGAAAAUAUUUGAUCGAUUUGGCAUUAUUAGAUUUUAACUGUAUUAGUUUAAAAUCGUCAUUAAUAGCUGCAUCAGCCACGUAUAUCUCUCGUUUUAUUCUGACGUAUGUAACAGAUGAAGUAUUUGAUUAUUAUUGGCCAGAAGAAUUACAAACAAUGACACCCUAUAAAACAUAUGAAGAUCUAUCAAGUGGUAUUAAAGCAUUAACAAAUAUUCUCGUCAAAAUAUCCUCUUUAUCAAGAUCAAGUUUAAAUGAGUUUAAUUUAUUAUUUAAAAAAUAUGGACAUGAACAUUUGUCUUGUGCAAGUACAUUUUGUUUACAAAAACAGAAACUUAUUCAAAAACUCGCAAAUGGCUAUUAUUUAUGA